AUGCAACUGCGUGGUGCUAUCCUUUUUCUUCUGCUGCGAUCCACCUUUGCUGGCUUGCAAGUUCAAAGCUGCGCACCGACGUGUGGUGAGCACGGCCUUUGCAGGUCUGGUGUUUGUGAAUGCCAAGCUGGCUGGGCUGGCAAGGAUUGUAGCUCUUUCUUGGCGGAUGACGACACUCACGUCGAGGUUUCUCCGGAGUUGAUGCGAAUGCUCCGAAGUGUUGACACCAACAACACCCCAGGACAUGCCUCCAGCAACCGAGAAACCCCACCUGCGGAGGCUCCUCCAGUGCAAGUUGAGCCCAGCUUCGGGGCCAAGGCCACUGGAGCGCUGAAGGUGGCCCGAGAGGCGCUCAUCCAGGCGCAACGCGUCGUGGACCACGCAGGUGCGAGCGGCGCCACCGCGCCGGCGAGCUCGCCGGACGCGCCGUCGCCGGAGGCGACGGUGACCUGCGAGGCGGAUUGUAGUGGUCAUGGCACCUGUGAGGAAACGGGCUGCGUCUGCGGGGAUGAAUGGACCGGCAGCAUCUGCGACAUCCCACGCUGUGAGCAGAACUGCAACCAACGUGGCAUGUGCAUCCAUGGGCAGUGCAUCUGUCAGGAAGGUUGGCACGGCUCAGCCUGCCAUAUCAAGCGAUGCCCCAACGAUUGCUCGGGUGCUGGCUACUGCUUCAAUGGCGCCUGCCGCUGCAGUGCCGGCUUCGGCGGGCCCAACUGUACCGAGGUGCUUUCGGUGCAUGGCUCAGUGGUGGUGAAGCUGAAGAUCUCACGUCCCACGCAGCCGCGGCCGGGCAUGGACGGCUUUGAGGAAACGUCCAGCCUCCACCAACUGGCAGAUCAGAAGUGCCCAGAGAAUUGCAAUCAGCGAGGUGUUUGUAGCCCUGCUGGAAAAUGUCGUUGUGAUGCCGGCUAUAGCGGCCCCGCCUGCGAAGCCUUUUGCCCCAACGCCUGCAGUGGUCAAGGCCGUUGCAUCGAGGGCGGCUGCCUUUGCUUCGCCGGCUUUAGCGGCAGCGAUUGCUCGGUGCAGAGCUGUUGCAAUGGCCACGAGAGCUGCGAGGUGCCCGGUACCUGCCUUUGCGAUGCCGGCUGGGGCGGUCCUGAAUGCUCCGUGGAGUUGCUUUGCAAGGAUCCCACCUGCUCCAACCAUGGCACUUGCCUUAAAGGCAAGUGCCACUGUGAGGAGGGCUGGGGCUCGGAGAGCUGUGAGACGCCACUGGGCACCUGCGAGCCGAAAUGCCAACAUGGGCUCUGCAAUGCCACUACCAGCAGUUGUGCCUGUGAGGAGGGGUACACCGGUGGUGAUUGCUCAGUGAAGGUGGCCACAUGCCCGAAGAAUUGCAACUUCCAUGGCCUUUGCUUGAACGGCGAGUGCAUGUGCGGCGCCGGUUGGUCGGGCCGCGACUGCUCGGUGCGCUACUUCUCGCCGGGCGGGGUGGCCACACCCGAUGCAGGUGAAGUAGAGGAGACCCCCUUCGGCGUCUCCAACGGCUUGCGCGCCGACCGCGCGCUGGAUGCGCAGCUGGGGCCGGAGCCCAGCAUUGGGCUGGACUUUCAGCCGGCGACCACGUCUCUCCCAGCCUGGGGGGCGGCCGCUAUUCCAACCCCGCUGGCGCCACAGGCGCCGAGCUUGCAACGCCUGGCCGUGAGCUUGGCGUCCAAGGGAAGGAUUUGUGGCCCGGAGGGCCGGUGCUCGGACCGGGGCACCUGCGACACCAGCACGGGGCGAUGCAUGUGCCAGGCCGGCUUCUACGGCGAGGUCUGCGAGCGUCAGCACUGCCCGGGCUUUGCGGAGUCGGGCCAGGAGUGCCACGGCAACGGCUUGUGCGAUGCGGGGAAGUGCCUGUGCUCGCCGGGCUUCGGUGGAGAAGUGCCAGGCAGCCUGGGGCUCAUGAGUUGUCACCUGCGGAUUUGCCCCUUGGGCUGCGGCAAGGGCCAUUGUGCUGAGGGGCGCUGCGUGUGCCCCAGCGGUUGGCAGGGCGAGACCUGCCAGGAUCCCCACUGCCCUGGGGGCUGUGGCCAUGGCCUCUGCGGCGCAGCGACCCCGGAACUGCCAGGCUCCUGUGCCUGCGACGCUGGGUGGGUGGGCGCACGCUGCGAGCGCCAGGCAGCGCCGGAUGUCGCCCUGGCAAAACCGCAGAAGCAUGUGGAAGUGGAGGCCAUCCGCCUCAGCUGA